AUGUAUGGUUGCUCUCCCAAGAUUGGCUACUACGUCUAUGGUGGCUCUCCCAAGAUUGGCUACUACGUCUAUGUUUGCUCUCCUAAGAUUGGCUACUACGUCUAUGUUUGCUCUCCCACGAUUGGCUACUACGUCUAUGUUUGCUCUCCCAAGAUUGGCUACUACGUCUAUGUUUGCUCUCCCAAGAUUGGCUACUACAUGUAUGGUUGCUCUCCCAAGAUUGGCUACUACGUCUAUGGUUGCUCUCCCAAGAUUGGCUACUACGUCUAUGUUUGCUCUCCUAAGAUUGGCUACUACGUCUAUGUUUGCUCUCCCACUAUUGGCUACUACGUCUAUGUUUGCUCUCCAAAGAUGGGCUACUACGUCUAUGUUUGCUCUCCCAAGAUUGGCUACUACGUCUAUGUUUGCUCUCCAAAGAUUGGCUACUACGUCUAUGGUUGCUCUCCCAAGAUUGGCUACUACGUCUAUGUGCCGCGUCCCUUCAGAACAUAG